GCUCACUGCUGGAUAAAAAGGUAUUCCCCCCCCGUGCACUGCUGGAUAAAAAGGGUUGCAACAUGCCGUCCACUUUCACUCCGGGCUUCUUCUCCGCCGCUUUCACAGACCUCAAUCCGUUCGACGCUUCGUUCGGUGGUGCCUCGGGUCGCAACUCGCCCUUCCCUCUCCCUGACUUUGCCCUCGGUGCUUCGGCUUCGCCCGUUCCACGCACCCUCGAAGGAGCUCUGACACUCCCUCCCAUGAACUGGGCCUCCGCCGUCGAAAAGGACGGGAUCAUGGAAGAACAGGGUGCAUACACGACCAGUGUUCACCUCCAGCACAUCAACCCACACACCGGACAACCAUCUCCGUCUCCCUCACCCACCACCGAUAUCCCGAAUAAUGCUCCUCCGUCUAUCUUUAGUCAACCUUCGCCGUUGAUGGGGGUGCCGCCUCAGCAGGUCAUGCCGCCUAUCGAUCCGCGUAUGCAGAUUAUGCCUCGUCCGUUUUCUGGGCAAGUCACUCCUCCGGAGGAUAUUACUACCAAGUCGGCUCCUGCUCCAAGGGGUAACAGCGCCCACGGAAGGAGCAAGAGUAUGAGUGCGGCUACUACAAAGGCUACCCGUGGUGGUGGUGGAGCAAGGAAGAGGAAGGUUAGUGCUGUUGAUGUAGCGGGCGAGGUCAUGUUGCCACCUCUCUCCACCAAGAAACCCAAACUCAUCUCGCCCGAAGACUCUUCUGCUCCCGCAGUGUCUCGCCGCGGCGGCCGCCGCCCAAAAUCCACUCCAGACCAAAAAGAACCCUCACCCUCUCCCUCUCCCGAAGACUUUGACGACGCCGACCCCAACGACUUCUCCCGCCGCUCAAAAUUCCUCGAACGCAACCGCCUCGCCGCGUCGAAAUGCCGCCUCAAAAAGAAACAAUGGGCAAACGACCUCGAAGCCACAGCUCGCCUCGCUUCCCAGCGAUCCAGGCAAUUGCAGGUCAUGGCAGCACAGUUGAGGGAGGAGGUCUUGUUGUUGAAGGGGAGGUUGUUGGCGCAUGAGGGGUGUGGGUGUGAGGCUAUCAGGAGGUAUUUGUCGAGGGAGGCGGAGAUGUUGUCGCAGAGGCAAGGGUAUGCCCCAAGCCAUGGAGGACAUGUGGGCGGUGUUGGGAUGACGAUGCCUGGUAUUCAGAUGGGACAUGGACACAAUCAUGGUCAUGGUCAUGGUGAGGGGUUGAAGAUGGAGCCGAUGACGCCGGCUAUGCCUACGAUGCCGUCGCCGCAUGCUCAGCCUGGGGCUGAAGUAGACGAGGGGAUCACCGGAGCUGCAGGUGAUGGGAUGUUCUACGACGAACCCAUCUCCGUCUCGGCUGCUUGAUCAACAAUCACGACCGCAGCAAUGUACGACUAUAAUCAUGGCACACGACACAGCACAAAUAUCAACAACACCUCACACACACCUUGGGCCUAUAUAAUACACGCGGUUGGUCACGGGGUGUUUCUUGCUUUCUAUUGGAUAUUGUUAAUGGGUUCGCGUGUUAUUUUCUUUGAGAUCGGAGUCUGCUUUUUCCUGCUUUGCUAUUUUUUGCGUGUUUACGAGUGCGGGGUGUUCACUUUCUGUUUUUUCUUUGCAGGUUAUAUUGUUAGUGGCAAGGUUACAUACACGGGCAUCUUGGCAUGGAAUUGGGUUAUGGUUUUGCCUUUUGUUCUUUGAGCUUUACGACGUUGCAGUGCAGUGAUGAUGGAGAAGAAGAAAAGGAUGAUGGGCUGAUGCCUUGGUUGCUCGUGUGAGAACCUGAAAUUGCAAGUUUGAGAUAGGCUAGGUUGAGGAAUUAUCAC